AUGUUUAACACUUUUCUAGAUAGACUUUGUCCAUUCACUGCGGUUUCGACAACAACGUUAAAACUAUCUAACAGUGGAAAUGAACGACUAGCUUAUAAGAUAAAAACAACUGCUCCGAAACGGUAUUGUGUCAAACCGAAUAGCGGUUUUCUCGAUGCCAAUGCAACUGCUAACAUUCAAGUUAUGUUACAACCACAAAUACCAGGUCAAUCUGAUGAUCGUUCAAAGCAUAAAUUCAUGGUACAGUGGGUUGCAGUUCCAAAUAGUUAUGGCGACGACGUGGAGAAUUUCUGGAAACAGGAUUUAAAGAGCUUGAAUGUUCAGGAUUCGAAGUUAAAAUGUGUCUUUGCCGAAGAUCAAUCAGCCGCAGUCGUACCUAACGAUUCAACUGAUCAUCGUGGCUCAGAGACAAACACCACACGCACUACUGAUUCAGCGCAUGUUGCCGACAGCCGCACCCAACAAUCCGCUCCAUCAGCAUCGAUUUCCAAUCAACGUUCAUCUCCAAUAACCUCACGUGCAAUCAACUCUAUUCAAUCACAAAGUCAAGAUCGACAACAGGACACAAGUGAUGAUUUGAAUAAAUCACGUCCUCGACAACAAGAUAUCGAACGGUUGAAGAGUGAAAAUGAUUCAUUAAAAGAAAAGCUCAAACAAGCCGAAGGUGGCCUACGACAAAGAACAACAGGCGGCAAUUCCGCAGUCGACCGAUCGAAAUCCAGUCAACAGCAAAAUGGUCUCGUUCUGUUCGGCAUUGCUUUAACUGAGCAACUCGUUCUCGUUGCUUUUGUUAUCGCAUUAUUAUUUGGCUUUUCACUCGGUUAUUUUUUCUUUUCAUGUAGCAAUUAA